AUGGCGGUGCCUGUGGGUGGUAGGAACCCGCCCCUGCCCCUGCCCGCCCGUCCCAGGCUCGGCGAGGUGCGGGACCGGCCACAGCGGGCCCCGCCGCCGCCGGUGCCUGCCCCGGGCCGGUCCGCGCCGGGCGGGGCGCGGGGGCAGCGGGCGCGGGGCGGCGGCGGCGGGCCCGGGGGAGCGGAUUACCGCCGGUUGCCGUGGUUACCCGCUACCUGCCGGCGGGCCCCAGCCCGGCCCGGGCGGGGGGGCUCGCCCGGCCCUGCCUCCCUCCCCGCCGCGGCAGAUGUCACCCCGCGCCGCCGCUCGGGGCUGCCCGGGCGUUCCCCGUCCCCUCCCGCAGCACCGCCCCCGUCCCGGGCCGGGCGGGGGCCGAGCGUGCCCGGGGCGGCUGCCGAGAACAAAGGUGCCGGGGCUCGGCGCUGCCAGCGCCAUGGCCGGCCCCUGGGAAGCGCUGCCCGGCCCGUGGCGCACCCGGGACAGCGCUGCCUGAAAUGGCUGUCGCCGCCCGGGGCCGGGCACGGGAGGCGACCUCGGCCCGCAGAGGCGCCUCCCGGCACUGAUCCGCGGGUGCUGGAGGUGGCCGGGGUCGGCGGGAUGGAGCAGGGACAGAGGAGGUGCAGGGGCAGCGAGGCCCAGGAGAGUGGUCCUAGGGCAGAGGGUCCCGGGGAUGACUUCUAA